CAGGGCGGCGGUAAUUUUUGAGUAAGAGGACGUUGUUUUGAGUUUAGCGGCUUCAGGCUGCGGCAGAGACGGAGAGAAAAAGAAAGUCCACUCUGGAAUGGCUUGCAGUUUCCAGAAGCUAUUUUCUGUUGAUGAAGAGUUUGAUGAUGAUGAUGAUUUACUAUCAGCUGCGCUGGAUGUUGAAAAGACAACUACCAGUUCGUCUGGAGGAAAUCCAUGUGUUAGGUUAAGACCCAUUGCUUCAAUUCUCAGGACACCUGCUAACUCAUCUUAUGAACCCAAGAGCUUGUCACAUGGCACCUUAGGUCAGAGGUAUUGCCAGUUGGAGUAUGGUUGUACUUCAAAAUAUAUGACCAAUAAUUAUCCUACAAAAAGUGCAAUGGCAGCAUCAAUAGAUUCUUCUGAAUCAAACAACUGGAAUAGCAAACAAAAAUCAACCCCUGACUUAAAGCAGAGCACCACUGAAGUUGGCUCAGUUGAAGAAAUUGAUGAUUUAUUUUGGUCUGACUGUGAGGAGUUGGAGGAGGAUGGUAAUGUGCCAAAUACAACAUUGAGGAAGAUCAGUAGUCCAAGGUUUUUAGAGAAAACAGUUGUAACCCCUAGAAUUAUUCCUUCUCCAAAAUGUCAAAGAAAUGAUCUUGCUGUGCUCCCAGCGAAAUUACCACGACACGAGAAAACAGACACUGGCAAGAGUGAAAGUUCUAAAGUGACUGUUUCUUGCAAAAAUAGUCAAACAAUGAUUCAGAAAAAUUAUUCUGAGACUGCACGCAAAACUUCAAAGUUUCAUCCAUCAUUUGAAUUUAACCAGUGUCCAACUGCUGUGAGCAACUCCAAUUCUGGUGGCAUCAGAAAGCAAGGAGACAAAAAUUCCUCUGAGAUAAUUGAAAGUCAUGGUCAUUCUGCUACACUGUCGAAUGUUGUGCCAAGAACUGAAUUUUGUAGUUCUAUUCCAUAUGACAAUAUUAGAUCAGCAAAAGAAUUAACACCGGUGCCACAAAAUCAUUUAGGAACAAUCAUACGAGGGAGUGCUAUUGGCUCAUGUAAACUUGUGUCUUCAAACCUGCAGACCCCAUCUCCACCACAGCAAGUAAGUUCUACAGGUAUUAAAAACUGUCUAAAUCCAAUGUUAUUGAGACCAAAGCUACCUCUACAGAACUCUUCAAUCCCUAAACAUUCCAAUGGAGAUGUCAAAAGAGCAACUAUGUCCACUAGUGAUCCUCGACCAUUAAUUUGUGGUUUUGAAAGCCCAUCAGCUGCUAUUGGAGCUCAAUAUUCACCAGCAACAAAUUCUGGUUGCGUGGGAACCCCUGUUACCAAUCACUUGAUUCAGUUGGUAUCAGCAGCUAAUCGAACACCAGAAGCUGUGAGGUUAGACAGGCCCCGACCGAAGCGACGCUUUCCUGGACCUGCUGGAAUUCUUCCUCAACAGCAUCUUGGGAAAAACCUAGAUGAUGUCUUAAUUUCAGAUCCACAGACGCCAACUCAUGGUGCAGUGCCAAAGCUAAGGCCUCAGGAGGUCCCUGGUUCUCAACAAUCUGUUGAAGAUGACUUUGGUAGAGGUCCGUGGGCAACCAUGAAAGCAGAUUUAAGAUUGGAUGAGGAAGAUGCUGACUGUUUCCUUCGAAGUUACAGCAUUGUCAUGGUUCUACGAAAGGCAGCCUUAAAACAGCUUCCCAAAGGCAAGGUCCCAAAAAUGGCAGUUCUUGUAAAGUCACUGACACGCACAAAUACAGAUGCCAGUGCUGUUUUUAAAGAUCCAUCAGGAGAAAUGCAAGGCACCAUUCACAGGCAGCUUCUAGUUGAGGAACUGAAUAAUCUUAAGGUUGGAACAGUGCUUCUCUUGAAACAGGUUGGUGUAUUUUCUCCAUCACUUAGAAAUCAUUAUUUGAAUAUAACACGAAGCAAUGUGAUAAGAAUAUACCCGCAAGAUGCCAGUGAAUGCAUUCGUAACCAGCUGGAUCAGAGUCCUGAGAAUCACAUUGCAUUUCAACAUUCCACCUUUGACUUCGUGGCUGGGUCUCCCUGUAAACCGAGAUGUGAAUCUUUAAUGAUGGACAGAAAUUCCUGUACAGACUCCACAUCAUGGGCUUCUCAGACACCACCACCUUGUACAAGGGAUAAAAGCAUGGCUUUAUCUGAAUAUAAAGGCACCGCAUUACAAGAAUAUUGUGCAGAAAACUGGGAAGAAGAUGGUCUUGACUGCCUGAUGGCUGAACUGCCAGAGGAACUGUUCACCCCAUUUUUAGAGCCUAGUUAAUGUCCCUGUGGAGCACAGAAUUGAA